AUGCCCGUUCUUCUGGAUACCCCUUCGACUUGGCACACUAUCCACGGUGUAUACGUCUACACAGUAAGGGAUGUAUUAGAUGCGGAGGCGCCGCCGUCGCUCUGCGGCACGCCCAAGCAGCGCGGGCACACGGGCGAGCUCCUCAGCAGCCUUGUUUUGUGGUUCGCUCUUUGCGUGACGGUGUUCUUUGGCUCGUGCGGGGUUCUCUGCCGGCAGGCCACUGCUCGGAUGACAUCGACACACUCCGCACAUGGAGAUGGACACACCACGGCCCCUUUCAUUCCGAGGUCUACGGUAUCUGCUAAGCACACGCACGCAGGUGACAGCCGGGGCCGCAUGUCUCUUGCGGCGUGUUUCUAA